GUCAACAUUACCCAUACCUUAUAAAAGUCAGCCUGUUUGCCCAAUAUUUCUCACAGUAUCUGGUGUUCUCAAUCACUCUGUGCUGUGAAGCCGUGACAAUGAAGUUGGUUUGUGGUUGUCUUCUGGCAGUUGCCCUGCUAGGCUGUCUGGCUGAUGCUCAAUAUUUCAAGCAGCCUCAGCAGCCUCAGCAGCCCCAGCCGCCCCAGCCGCCGAAAUACAUCCCACCGGCACCUCAGAAGCCCCAGCAGCCGAAAUACACCCCACCGGCACCUCAGCAGCCUCAGAGGCCACAGACCCCCAAAAGGUACACACCUCAGCAGCCUCAGAAGCCCCAGCAGCCUCAACAGCACAUCAAGCAGCCCCUGCAGCCUACAGAAACAUUUCACACUUGUGAAGUGGCUGAGCAGUACAAGAUACAGUGCGGAGCUCCGGGCAUCACUGCUUCACAUUGUGAGGCUAUAAACUGUUGCUUUGAUGGACGCAUGUGCUAUUACGGCAAAUCUGUGACUCUUCAGUGCACCAAGGACGCCCAAAUGAUUGUUGUGGUUGCAAGAGACGCCACCUUACCCAACAUCGACUUGGAGUCAGUCACCUUCCUUGGAAAUGAUCAGAACUGCAGUCCUGUCGGCACCACUUCAGCUUUUGCCAUCUACCAGUUCCCUGUAACUGCCUGCGGCACUGUCAUGAUGGAGGAACCUGGGGUUAUAAUCUAUGAGAACAGGAUGACCUCCUUGUAUGAAGUUGCUAUUGGACCCUAUGGAGCCAUUACCAGGGACAGCCACUAUGAGCUGCUUGUACAGUGUAGAUACAUCGGCACCUCAGUUGAGGCUCUGGUCAUUGAGGUUGGCCUGGUUCCUCCACCACCCCCAGUUGCAGCUCCUGGACCUCUGCGUGUGGAACUGAGGCUGGCCAACGGAGAGUGUCAUUCCAAGGGUUGUGUGGAAGAGGAGGUGGCCUACAGUUCCUUCUACGUGGAUUCCGACUACCCCGUCACAAAGGUGCUUAGGGAUCCUGUGUACGUUGAAAUCCGAGUGCUGGAGAGGACUGAUCCCAACCUUGUCUUGACUCUUGGAAGAUGCUGGACUACUGCUGAUCCCUACCCUCACAGUCUUCCUCAGUGGGACUUGUUGAUUGAUGGGUAAGAGUAAGGGUUAGUUUGACUUAGAAACAGACACUUAUAAUACAUUUUUGAUGUUGUACUCAGCCCCUAUUCCUCACUCUCUCUCCUUGCCAUAGCUGCCCAUACCGUG